CGUAGUUACGCUGUCAGCAUGAAGCUCUUAUUGUGUCUCUCCCUCUGCCUGGCUCUCUGCCUUGUUAGCGUGACAGGGCUUAGGUGUCUUCAGGGUGAAGGAUGCACACCCGAGACGAUGGCAGAAUUGGACUGCCAGUUUGGAUUUGUGACAGACAUCUGCAGUAAUUGUGAAUGCGCCAAGGGGCUCGGUGAGGCGUGCGGCGGGACGUGGAAGAAAUUGGGCACCUGCGCCGAAGGACUUGUCUGCGAUAAUGACCCCAAAGACGUCUUCUCUGAGGGCGUGUGUGUGGAAGCUUAACAUUAAAGAUGUUAAGGGGACAGAGAAGAAACACCGAAAUAACAUCAAACUGAGGCUCUUUGUUGACUGGUUUUAUAUAAAUUGUAAGCAGUGUC